AUGAAGGAUCCAGAUGGAAGGUAUCAGUGCCUCACUUGCUACAAGUCCUACAAACAGAAAGGCCACUUGUCACGUCACAGGAAGUACGAGUGUGGAGUUGAUCCUCAGUUUAGUUGCUCCCUUUGUUCGAAGAAGUUUAGGCAUAGAAGUCCAAGAUUGCCAUCCGAUGACGGGAAGUUAAUGUGUCCAAGAUGCGGUAAAAGAUACGGUCCUACACUUAAUCUUGUAGCUCACUUGCAGUUUGAAUGUGGAAAGCAGAUGAUCUUGCAAUGUCCACUGUGUCCGAGAAAGUGCAAAAGAGAUGAUAUUCUACAAUCGCAUUUGAGGAAUAUCCAUAGAAUCACCUAA